AUGUCUUCAAUGCACAGCGCACAACAAACUUAUUCUGUCAACAAUCUUAAUCAUCCUGUCCCUCUUAAAAUGGAAGGGAUCACUGCAAUCAAUGCGAGAUCUCGUAAAAAAGAAUCACCGAUUCACAUCUCAAUUCCUGCCGAGUGCUUCGGGACUCAGUCUGCGCUCGAUAAUAUCAGAACUUCCGAGCUCAACUAUUCGCCAAUGUCCAAACCAUUUAAGGAUACUCGAACCACGAGCUCAACGCCGAAUAAACCAAAAGACACAUUCAAGACUCGUAUCCCUCUCCUACACGGCCUUUCACAGGAUGUCGCGAAGCCAGAUCAGUAUGUAAAGAGAAGAGAGGAGUACGGUUCAUUUUUCUCAUCAACAUGGUGCUCUUCUUCAGGCCUUUCAGAGCAAGUCUCGGACCAUGAGGCUACUGAUGAGUAUAGAAAUCACCAAGUAUCAAAAGAGAGACAAGAAUCUCACUUCUCCAGGGAUUGGUAUCCGGAUAAAUGGAUGUUGCAGCUCAUUGAUCCAAUAAAUAGUCAGCCGCUGACUUGUAAAAAGAUUGCUCGACGUUAUACUGCGGUAUUCAAACACGAUAUCAUAGCAAAGACUCUCGCAGGCCGUAUAGAACAGCUCGCGGCUCUUGAUCUAACUGAUCAGGCGAGAGUCAUAACAUCCUCGGCAAAUAUUUCUCUACCUCCUAAGAAACCUACAAGGAGUGAAUUCUGGGCAACAGUCACGCAGGCUCCUGCAGAUAUCGAACCACCAUCUAGUAAUCCCCUAAAAAGGAAAUUAGCGACACUCAUACAAGAUUCCGAAAAUCAGUUCCUCCACAAACCCAUGCAAGGAAGGCUUUCUGGGCAAUAA